AGACAUACAAAGUCAUUGUAAAGGAGAAUUUAAGUAGAAUGAAGUUUGGGAAAGAAUUUAAAAAACAAAUGGUGCCUGAGUGGACAGAAGCCUAUAUGGACUACAACGGACUCAAAAGAAUACUACGUGAGAUCUGGCACUUCAAACAGAGCAAUCAACCCCCGACACCUUUGAGAACGUCACAGCAGAGAUUAACAAUGUACAGGGCUUUCAGUGGUCUAAAUCUACCAUCUAUCAAUCUUCAGACCGAGGGAGAUAUUGAGGACCAGGUGAUUGCUGUUAACAUGAUGCAACAAGAGGAUUCUAGAAAGGUUUACAACACUGAGAUCCUCAUGUCACCUGAAGAAGGAGCUGAGAACGAGAUUAUGUUCUUUAAAAAACUUGAUGGUGAGCUCAACAAGGUCAAUAGAUUUUACAGGGAUAAGGUGGAAGAAGUGAUGAGUGAAGCAGCCUUGCUGAAUAAGCAAAUGGAUGCUUUGAUUGCACUGCGUAUCAAGGUGGAGAAGCCUGAUUUUGAUGGCUCUAGUUCUCUGAGACGACUUUCUAUGGAUAUUGCUAAUACGGCACCCAUAAGGAUUACUUCGCCAAGCAGAGCUAGGACUCCAGGAAGAGAGCAUAUAAAUUUGGAGCAUCAAGUAGACAUAAGUGGUAGUUGUCAACUAGAAGAGUGUGAAGGACAGAUUGUAAAUAUCAGUCAAUAUAAACCAGCUCCCCUGGAAAUCCUCGAUCACGUGAAGAUUAAAAAUACACUUGAAAGUCCAAUAUCAACUAUAAAGGGUGUUCUGAAGGAUUCCAAGGAAAGAGAUUUGAGUUUUAAAAAAGAGGAGCUAAGGCAAGUUGAAGAAAGGCUGAAACUUGUGUUUAUUGAAUUCUAUCAGAAGAUCCAACUUCUAAAGCACUACAGUUUUAUGAACCUCUCAGCAUUUUCCAAGAUCAUGAAAAAGUAUGAAAAGAUAACGUCAAGAAGUGCAUCAAGAUCAUACAUUAAAAUAGUGGACAACUCUUACCUUGGCAGCUCGGAAGAGGUUACUGGUCUCUUGGAGAGGGUGGAAGCUACCUUUAUUAAGCACUUCUCAAACUCUAACCGCAGAGAAGGCAUGAAGUUACUGAGGCCAAAACAAAAAAGAGAAAAGCACAGCAUAACAUUCUUUUCGGGUUUCUUUUCUGGUUGCUCAAUUGCUCUAGUAGUUGCUGUUGUGCUUCUAAUAGAAGCUAGAAAUAUAAUGGACAUGGAGGAGGGCACUGUGUACAUGGAAAACAUUUUCCCCCUUUACAGUUUAUAUGCAUAUAUCGUCCUACAUAUGCUCUUGUACGCUGCAAACAUAUACUUCUGGAGGCGCUAUCGAAUCAACUAUCCAUUUAUAUUUGGUUUCAAGCAGGGAACUGAGUUAGGUUACCGGGAAGUCUUUCUCCUGAGCACUGGUCUUGCAGUACUUGCACUUGCCACAUUCUUAACACACUUGCACAUGAAAAUGGACUCGAGAAUUCAUAAUUAUGCGACAUAUAUUGAGCUGGUGCCUUUGGGCUUAGUUACUGUUGUUCUUGUCAUAACCAUCUGGCCUUUUAACAUUUUAUACCGCUCGAGUCGCUACUUCUUAAUCCAAAGUAUUUUUCACUGUAUAUGUGCUCCUCUCUACAAGGUUACACUUCCAGACUUUUUCUUGGCAGACCAGCUUACUAGCCAGGUCCAAGCCAUAAGGAGUUUCGAGUUUUACAUUUGCUACUAUGGUUUAGGAGAAUUCUCUCGGAGACGAAACAAGUGCCACAGUCAUGAUGCUUACAAUGUUUUCUAUUUCAUAGUAGCUGUUAUACCAUACUGGAUUCGAUUCCUCCAGUGCCUCCGCCGAUUGUUUGAAGACAAAGAUAUGAUGCAUGGAUACAAUGGUUUGAGAUACUUCUUGACAAUCGUUGCCGUUAUCAUCAGAACGGCUUUCGAACAAAGAAAAGGGUUGACUUGGAUGGUGUUAGCUUUGGUCAGUUCAGCUGUUGCAACAAUAAUGAAUACUUAUUGGGAUAUCAUAGUUGACUGGGGGCUGCUACAACGGCAAUCGAGAAACUUUCUCCUGAGAGAUAAACUCUUAGUUUCGCAAAGAACUGUAUACUUUGCAGCUAUGGUUUUGGAUAUUAUACUGAGAUUUGCUUGGCUGCAAUUGAUGGUGAAAUUUAAUGUGCGUUCCUUGCAUGGAAAGGCGGUGUCAAGCAUAUUUUCCUUUCUAGAAAUCCUCCGUCGUGGCAUGUGGAACUUCUUCAGGUUGGAGAAUGAGCACUUGAAUAACGUUGGAAAGUACCGAGCAUUCAAGUCAGUGCCAUUUCCUUUCAAUUACUAUGAUGAGGAGAUCGACAAAGAUGAUUAGGGGUUGGUGCUCUCUUCUUCCAAUCAUACGGUAAAGCUAUGAGAAAACUCCGGCCGCUUCAAGAAUGAUCUGCACUCUCAACGGUCAUUAUGAAUUUCUGGUAUCUGGUCUUUAUACAAAUUGCCAUCUGCAGAGCCAAGAAGUUCUAAAAGUCUGGUGUCAAGGCAUUCGACUGAGCAUCUCUGGAAUGGAGUGAUAACGAAGCACGCGAAGUGACUGACUAACAGACAGAAAAGCCGAUUUGAUCUGAACUUUUAAGCCAUCCAAUUGUAGCACAAAUUCUGAUAAAGCUCAGAUUUUUAUUGCUUCAUUCUUUUUUGAUAUAGAGAAUCUGUAAAACAAAAACAAAAAACAAAAAAGGAUAAUGGAAAAAAAUAGUUUUGAUUUGGUUUUCUCAAGGAUUGAUUUGAUUUGUUUUAGCCCACUCGUAAGUAAAAACUUGCACUCAUGCUAUGCUUAAACUUGGCCAAAAGUGACAAGGCAC